AUGGGAUUUUUUAAAACUCAUGCUGCUGGGACCAAUGAUCCCCCCGAGGUCCGUAACUGGACCAUCCACAUGAUCGCCCUUGUGGCGUCCAUGUCGGCUUUGGCAAUGGGCUACGAUACCGCCGUCAUUGGUGGUACAAUGGCUCUUGACUCGUUCAGGAAAGACUUUAAACUUGACGAUAUCCCCCAGUCGCAGAUUGACACCAUACAAGGUAACAUCGUGUCCACCUUCCAGGCGGGCUGUUUCUUUGGCGCUCUUCUCACCUUCCCAUUUGCGGAGCGAUAUGGACGAAAGAAGACAAUCUUCGUUGCUGCUCUGGUUUUCCUCCUGGGUGGUACUCUGAUGACUAUCGCCAGAGGAAACAUGAACCUGAUAGUCGGAGGCCGAGCUAUCGCCGGUCUUGGCAUUGGCUCAACCUCCAUGUGUGUCCCUGUCUACAUUGCCGAAGUUGCCCCACCCUCCAUCAGAGGUCGGCUUAUUGGUAUCUUCGAGAUUGCAUCCCAGGGGGGUGGCAUGCUUGGCUUUUGGAUCAACUAUGCCACAUCUCAGACCAUAUCCGUCGACUCCAUUGCCCAGUGGACCAUCCCACUCGCCCUGCAGUUGGCACCUGGUGUCAUCCUCGCCUCUGGUAUCAUGUUCUGCCCCGAGUCACCUCGCUGGCUGGCCCGCCAGGAUCGCUGGGAAGAGGCCGAGGAUGUGCUGAUAAAGGUCCGGAACCUUGACUCGAGCCAUACCUACCUCCAGCAGGAGAUUGCGGAGAUUCGCUUGCAGGUCGAGCAUCGCAGUACCAUGAGGCUCAGCCGUAAGCAGCAGUUCAAGAAGCUGUUUGCACCUGGCGUGCGCAACCGCAUGGGUAUCGGCAUGUUCCUCAUGCUUCUCCAAAGCUUCACUGGUGUCAACAUCAUCACCUACUAUGCCCCAAGAAUCUUCGAGACCCUUGGUAUCACGGGAACUAGCACCAAGCUGUUCUCCACUGGUCUCUAUGGUUGCUUCAAGACCCUGGGUAUGAUUACAUUCACCUUCAUUGUCGUAGAACGGAUUGGCCGACGCAAAGGUCUCGUGUGGGGCGCCUUCUUGGGCUGCAUCCCCAUGUGGUACAUUGGCGGAUACGUCUUGCGGGCCGACCCGGCCGGAGCAGCCGCGGCAGGUCACACACAGCAGACGGGCUGGGGAUACCUGGCCAUGGCUUGCGUCUACCUCAAUGCCUUCAUCAUCUGCGCUACCUGGCAGGGCAUCACCUGGACCUACUGUUCCGAGAUCUUCCCUCUGGACAUCCGCAUGCUCUGCGUGGCCAUCACCACGGCGGACACUUGGGUGGGCUCCUUCGUCAUUGCACGGUCAACUCCCUACAUGAUCAGUGGCCUUGGGUAUGGAACGUAUUUCGUCUUCGGCGGCAUCGUUGUGCUGAUGGGUAUCUGGGCAUUCUUCUUUGUGCCGGAAACAAAGGGUGUCUCACUCGAGGACAUGGACGCGCUCUUUGCUACAUCCACUGUCAAGACGGUCUGGGCGCAGCUCCGGGGCAGGAAGCUCCCAGGUCUUGACGCAAGCGGUGUCAGGACCAGUGAGAAGGAGGACGUGGAGAUCGCUCAUCAGGAGAAGCGAUAA